GUUAUGGUGAUAAAGGAAAUAAUACAAAUUUAGUUCAUUAACUUCGUCAUAUCCGAUUAUUAAACGCAUGUGUUUAGUGUUGAAUUAAAAGACAAAUACCCGGACACUUAACUAAGUUCCACAUUCAAAAUCUCGGACCAUACAGUUCUAAUUUUUGUGAUUUCUUGUUCAAAAUGUCUACUGCCGACCCUCUUCAGUGUAUGCUGUGCAGUAAGAGACAUAAAGACCCAAGGAUUUUAGAGUGCUUUCAUUCAUUCUGUCGAGAAUGCAUAGACAAACACAUUAACAAAAUCGAAGCUAAAGUAUCAUUCGCAUGUCCUAUGUGUCGUAUGGAGAUAGUAAUUCCAAAAUCUGGAGUGAAAGGUUUCAAAGUUAACUACUAUAUCCGGGCUAUUCAGGCUAGUGCUGCAUUUUCAACGUUUUCAAACUGUGAUAAAUGUAAGCCGGAGACAACGGAAGCUGUAGAUCGCUGCCUAGAAUGUGAAAGUAAUUUCUGUGAUACAUGUAGUAACCGUCAUAUUGACACGGAUGGUAAUCGAGAUCAUCAUGUCAUCAAAUUGGCAAAACCCGAGACAAAAAGUAUAACUCAACUGUCACACAAAUCAUACUGUGAAAAACACAAAGAGGAAAACAAAUUCUAUUGCAUGCUUUGCGAAAUUCCUGUCUGUAAGGAAUGUGUUGCUAAAGUUUCAGAUCACAAGGGACACAAAUACAAAGGCAUCCAUGAAGGCGCGAAAGAAAAACGUGAGAAAGUCAAUCCAAUGAUUAAAAGUAUGCAUGAGUAUCUGCCUUGCCUCCAAGACUACGUGAAGGAAAUGGUAGAAUGUAAAAAAAUGCUGGACGGUUACUCACAAGAGGCCAUCACAAAUAUUACAAACAGAUGUCAAUUUUUAAAGGAUCAAAUUGACAAAAUUGGAAACAAUCUGGUUUCGGAAGUGGAAAGUCACAAAAAUGGUGAAAACGAACGCAUUGACAAACAUAUAGAGGUUACACAACACACAAUUACUUCAGUAUCUUCUAUAAACAAUUCUGUUGAAGAGAUACUCAACCUAGGAAAUGACGCAGAGGUUGUUCUUAUGUGUCAAAGAGUCCAAAAUCGUUUUAAACAUGUGGAUAAAGAAAUUCCACAGUCAGGCCUAAAAUCUUGUAAAAGCACGACAUUUCAUGUUGGCGCCGAUGAUGCCAAAUGCUUGGAAGACAUGGUAGGUUACUGUGAUGAUACGGAUAUCAAAAUGCCAUUUCUACCCUUACCUUGGGGCCUGAGAAUAGCUUUACAAUUUGAUGUCCAGCUUUUGUUCAGUUUCAAAGUUUCAGAAGUUAUGGACACAAUUCAUGCGAUAGCGCCAAUAUCCGACAAGGAAGCAUGGAUAUGUUGUGGAUGGGGAACCAACCAGAUGCAUCUAUUUUCCAAUAAAGGUGUAAAACUGCGCACACAGAAGUUGGACAUACAAAUAGAUGAUAUCCACGGACGUCCGAAUGGCGAGGUUUAUAUUUCUAGCUACGACGGAAAGAAACUAGUUAAACUUGACCAGGACUUAAAUCCGAAAGAUUUUGUUAAACUGAAUUGGUAUCCUGGAGGAAUAACUUUCACAAAGAAAAAUCAACUGUUAGUAUGUGCCGUAGACAGCUAUGUGACUACACGGGGUCAAGCGUCACGAAGGAUGGUGAUUAGAAUCAACGAAGCAGGACAAAUUCUGGACCAAAUCGAGGAAGACGGUUGCCAGGAAAUAUUUUGCGCACCGUAUAGACUUCAUGAAAAUAUGCUUGGUGAUAUUUGCGUUUCCGACCGCGAAGAAAACAAUGUAAGAAUAACAACCCUCACUACACAGGGUGUUGUUAAACAUUAUUACCGUGGGCCGUCCGAGAUUGGUUUGAAGAAACCAUUUAAUCCUUUUGGUGUAGUUGCUGACAAGUCUGGCAACGUGUUAGUUGCUGAUUGGAGUAACCACGCUGUUCAUUUACUGGACUUAAGUGGUCAGUUUAUCGGGUUCCUCUUGUCCGAGAAGGACGGAAUACGUGGUCCAAACGCAAUGGCCUUGGACAAAGAAGGACACUUAUGGGUUGGUGACACUAAAUCGACAGUAUGGAUAUUCAAGUAUGCUAGAAAAGGGGAGAAUGGUACACAGUCUCCUUCCACGAGUCAGUGAUUGUAAACUUACUAAAGAUAACAAAUGUCAAGGAAACUAUAAAGUGUUAAAUAAUUAUUUAAUCUAGUCUCCAUUUGUAUUCACAAUUAUAUAGUUUAUACAAAAGUGCAUACAUGUAUUUUUUCAUCAUUAUAAACCCAAUGAUAUGAUGACCUAUAGGUACUAAUGUUUUAAAUGGGAAUACUAAAAGAAAGUUCUUUUAUGUACAAUCGAGUUUAAAUAUUUAUCUCUGAUUUCGUUAUGCUCAUAUUAGCUUAUUUGCUUUGACGAUCACGCGACUUUGGAUAAAUCUGAAUUUUAAGCAGAUUAUUUUGCUGUGGUAAUACUUUCCAGCACAGGCUUAUUUGACAAGCGCAUGACGCAUUAGGUGCCAUUUUUGUUUCUAAAUUAAAUACAUGCAUUGCAGUUAGGAGGAGCAGAAUUAUAUUAAUGGAACGCGGGUAUUUGAGGAAUCAAGAGUGACAAGAUCCUUUCAAGAAAAUACUCUUUUGGCUUUUAUUCAUGUGUGUUUUUCUUAUUGCACAUACACGAUUCGGCAAAAGAUAUCGCGCACGUGUACUCCCUUAAAUUACCAACCUUACAGUCGGAGCUAUUAUUACUUUCAUAACUAUCAUCGAAAAGUCUAUGUUAGUAGAUAUAAAAACCAAAUCUGUUGACAUAAUACACGUUCAAUUUCCCCAUAACAAUAGAGAACUAUGAAUAAAAAACAUUGGAAGCAGUACUAGUUCUGUAGUGGAUUGGUCUUGUAUGAUGUCCGAUGCAUUUUAUAGUAUUUGGCUUCAAAAUGUAUUGACCUCGAGCGUAUCUGGUGAAGGUUAUCCCUGAUACACGUGUUGUAAGCUCUGACAUUGGAAUAGUGCAACUAAACCAAGGGUGUUUUAAAUCACACCUUAACCGUAUGAUUUGUAUUUGAUGGAAGAGAUUACGAAUUUAAACAUAAUUUAAACAGAUGAACCGAACAGUCAAUGCAUGGACGUCUUGAUAACCUUUGAUAUUAAGAUGUUGUGAAUAUCUCAAAAACAAUAGAGUUUAUGCUUGAGAUAAUGGGCAAUUUGACACGUGUUGACAUUAAAAUCUACAGUUUUGGAAAAAUCAUCGCAUUGCAUGACAUCACAUUACAUGUUUCAGGGACGGAACAGACAAUGUGUUAAAGACCAAACUACCAGUGAUUUUUCCUUUAAAUUUUGUAUGAAGGUAUUUCAUGGUUUUAGAAACACAAUAUGAUGAAUAAAAUUGGGGGUCACCGACUUCGUUCUGUCACUAUAGCAACCUAAGUUUCGUGUUUUCUCGAAUAUUAACAUGAUAUUUGCUUGUUACUAGUAUUUAAAAUUUCAAAAAAUCCCAUUAUAUCAAACCUUAUAUAUAUAUACAAGCAUAAUUCUCAUUUCACGUUAAACAGCAUAUUUGUAUCUAUAAAUUAAAUAUUCAAGAGUUUAA